AUGCCGAUUGCGAAUUUGCCUUCAAUGAUAACUUCGCAAGCUGUCACUCCAUGUUCCGCAACCUUGCUCCAAGGAGAAGUCUUUUGGGUUGUCGGCCUUCUUUCGUUGUUUGGGUCUGUGUUUGUAGUUGGGUGGCAGUAUUUCCUCCCUGAUAACAAUAUGGUUCAGUCUAUUAUGUUGGUAAAUCUGGGUAUUUCAGACGGCAUCAUGGGUAUUUACCUCAUCAUUAUAGGUAUAAAAGACCUGCAAUGGUCAGGGGAAUACUACCUGCACGACUAUGAGUGGCGCACCGGCUGGUUUUGCCCUUUCAAUGGCGCCAUGUCUGUCCUUUCAAGCGAGGUGUCUGUUAUGAUGAUUUCUCUGAUUGCAUGGGACAGGCUCAAGAACAUUGUGUUUCCUUACACGUUUGCAAAAAUUACACCAAGGCAGACCCGUAUUAUGUGCGCAGUUAUCUGGCUGGUGGGAGGCAUUAUGGCAUUCCUUCCCUUGUCUGGAAUGCGAUACUUUGGUGACUGGUAUUAUGGCAAGAACGUGGUGUGCCUGCCACUGCAACUUUCCCCGCAGUUACAAGAAGGCUGGGAAUUCUCCACUUCCAUCUUUAUCAUUUUCAAUUUUUCUCUUUUCAUCUUCAUUAUGAUUGCUUAUCUUGCCAUCUUGUUGAAAUCAUGGUCGUCGAGCAGACGGCUGGGUGCGCAUGGAACUGUUCGUGAAAUACGAGCAAGAGCACAAAGCGCACAGGCCAAAAGAGAAAGAGCACUUGCCAAAAGAGUCUUCUUCAUUAUUCUGACCGAUUUCUUGUGUUGGAUACCAAUCAUUGCUAUCGGCAUUAAGUCCCACGUCGAGAAAACGUUUGAUCCACCUGGUGAUCUGGCAGUGUGGAUUGCAGUGUUCGCCUUGCCGAUCAAUUCAGCUAUCAACCCACUGCUGUACACGCUUUCUACUCCACAGGUAACAGUUUUCUCUUGCUUUGAAAUACGAUACACGGUCAUUUUCAGUCUUAACAGACACCCCUGCGAAAUGAUUUUUGAAACAAACACAGAUCGAUUAUCCCCACUGUUUUCCAGAAAUUUUGAUACUUUCACUCAAAGGCAACCUCUCUCUUUUUCAAAUUUAUUCUUAUUACGACUGACAAAUUUUAUUUUGAGACCCUCAAGUUACAGUCGAUAAAAGUUUGUUUUUGUAUAUUUUUUGCGAAGUACCCCAGAAGUGGAGAAGCACAGUUUUUCUGUUUACUUCUUCACUGUUGGUUAUAAGCAUGGAGACAAACCUAAAUUUAAAUGCAAUUUAGUAAAUAUCUCUUUCAUUAACUGCCGCAUAAAUUGAUAAUGUAUAGGUGCAAGCUGUGUUGAAACCAAAACUGAGGAAACUGUGGUUCAAUGUUCGAUCUAUUUUCCGAAGUGGACAAAAUCAAGACGGUACGGUGCAUUUAUAUAUACCAUAAUAAGGCCUUGGAGGAGAUGAGGGUGAAAGUGGUAUGAAAUGGUAAAAACAAACAUUGCUUCCAAUAAAAAAAAAAACAGAAAACGAAAACAAACAGACAAAAAGAAAAUUUUUUAAAUCUCAAAGGCAUAAUAAACAAAAUGUUAUAACAGGUUUUCGUAAAGAACAGAAGGUAUUGUAGAAGAGGCCGGCAAGAAAAGAAAUUAAUGCAAGAGAGUGAUUAAAACUGUGGGAAGAAAUGGGGACUAAGCACUAAAUUUAUAAUGUCAAUAGAAGAAACGACCCGAUUAGAAAUCAUAAUUUAAUGUUCAUGAGCUAUUCCGAGUUAUAGCGGUUCAGAGAUAAAGUGCCGCAACUUCGGCGCGGGAAUGAACUGUCAUCGGUAUAAAGAGGAAAAACCGAGGUAGUAAAAAUCAGCGAAAAUUUUUCGAACUUCAAAGUGGGACAGUCAAUUUUAUUUUAUUGCAUUUUUAUUUUUUUUUUUGUGGGAGAGAUAUGGCGGCAAAGUAAAAAAAUAUAGAGCUGCUAGAUUUAUGCGCGAGGGAUGCAUUCUGUUUUUUUUCCUGCUGAUUCGUAGCGGGGGGUUACUGUAUUAGGCAAAAUAAAACAAAAUGAUAUGAAACGAAAUGCAAAUUCUGUCAUUUGUGAAAAGAACUCAAAAUCUUUCAUUUGCGAACUGGAAAUCUGUAAUUUGCAAGACUAGAAGUGUGGAGAACUUCAAGGUCACCAGCCGGAAGAAUAAAUCUGUCGGUUCAUCACAAGUUUGGAUUGCAUAUGCAACCUAUUGUGCAAUGUAAAGAUAGUGCGCAACAAGCGGUAGAAACGGCCGAAACUUUAGUUUCUUGGGUUUUAUCAAAACUUCCUAAAUGCUUCAUAUCCCACGAAUGCACAGCUGAAGUAUCAGCCAAUUGUUUUAUAACAUUGUCAACGCAUUAUGUUGCAUGUUGUUUUCUCACAAUUUGGGAAAAUUUCGAGAAAUACAGCGCGCAGUUAGUCUCAAAUAAGUCGUCUUUGAACAAUCGCAAGCUCUAAUGAAACUAGAUAAGUUCAAAGACCUAUCCCUAAGCUAGAAAAAAAUUUGACAGUUUUUUGUUAUAAUGUACUCAGAAACCAAAAUUUUUAAAAUAAAAUUCGCAGUGCAUACUUGGCAAUCAGAUUUCAAAGUCACUUCUUAUAUACGUCGGGUUUACCCAAUGAACGUGAACUGAAAGGUAAGUCAAAAAAGAGAGAAACGCUUCAUUCAAAUAAAUACCAAGUACGUUAUGUAUUGCCGAAAAGAAUCAUAUUUCCUUGCGUAUGUUCGACCCGCGUUAAAGAUUCACAUUUCUGGGAUCGCUGUUUACUUGACUUCAUGGCCAGAAUAUUGCGAAGCGUUGUGUUCAAAAGUUAUCACAUCUAAAACAAAAUCUUCUUUUGCAGAAUACUUCAGGUAUGUUAACACUUAUAAAAAUAUAUCUAACGAGCAAAAGAAUGCCCCAAAAUAGCGAAGUCGACUGUUUUCAGCAAAUUCAGUUUCGUUUUCCAUCCAUGAUUCGGAUCGUGUUUGGGAAUCGUAGUAUUGCUCACCCGAGAGCUCUUGCCAUCGCUUUUAAGACUUAAAAGAUCAUCGCUUCCCAAACGAGUAUCCUUCCACAGAUUUACCUUUCAAUAAGAGCUUUUAAAGGUCUAUCUCAAUCGGGAUGGAAAGGAUGAAUUUCUUGAAAACCUCUCAGCCAAACUCGUCCGCAAGUUCGCAUUCAAUCGCUGAGGAAAAUUUUCAAUCUGGAGGCAUAUGUCUGCAGACGUCAUUAGCAUGUACAAUAGGAUUAUGAAGCACGCUUACGCUGUUGAAUUUGGGAACUUGAAUUUGGGAACUUGAAUUUGUUAGCUAUGUUAUCAGUUCCUCCCUCCCACAAAUACUUUUUCACUCUCCAACAAUGAAUUCAAGAAACUUUCGCUAAUUAUUCUUCAUACCGAUGAGAUAGACUUCGCCUCUUUCUCGCGCCGUAAUUUAGGUACCAGAUCUCUGAACCAAGCAAUAUUGGGGCAAAUGGAUACCACUUGCAAAUUAAACCUUUUUUAAAUAGAAUGUGAGCGUAAAACUGUGAACCAUUUUCAAAAUAUAGAUGGAUAAGCUUCUAAAGAUGCAGAUCUGACUUGAAGAAUGACUUUUUAAACUGAUGUUUGGAUAAGCCUUAAUCUUUGUUUGUAAAAGUUUAAGACAAUUUUUUUUGCUUUUUGUUUUUUUGUUUUUUUGUUCUGUUACAUAGCGGAAGCAGGAAAUGAUCAGCAGGGACAGAUUAUGAAUGAAGAACACGCCAACAACGAAGAGGGUAAUAUAUGGUGAUUCCUUGUGUAAUUAAAAAUUAAAUGACUUCUCUCCAACUUCAAGUGUUCAAUGUAUAAUGAUUUUCCUUUGUUUCUUCUUUUCCUUUUUAUUCCCUUUUUCCCACAUUUUCUUCCCAUAGGAGAGCAGAUUGAAAUGCAAGAAAUAGAGCACAACGAAAUCCCGGAAGUGGAAGCUCCUGAAUCGCCUUUUCUGCAACCAGGUCAGUAUUCCAUCCGUAUACUUAUUUUCACUGAAACAUCAUUCCGCAAUUAGCUAAGUGGGUAAUCAAAUGGGAAACCUGUGAAGCAAAUUAUUCGUCUCAGUACUCGUAGGUAUUAUAUCGUGGGUAUGAAUGUACUUUUUUUAAAAUGAUUUUGGUCAUAUGUGAUUGAUUUCAUAGUUUUCAACUCGCAUGGCACGUGUAUAUAUUUAAAUUAAAUCAUCUACCACAUGUUAGCACUCUUCCUGAUUAAAAUAAAUAAAUGGAAACAUACCACUCUGCUCCUCUUCCGAUAAUUCUUUUUGUGCAUUUUGAGAAAAGAAAAAUAGAGGAAGGGCAUCCCGUUAUGACAUAAACGCCAUGAAUUUUAAUGUAAUCACGAUAAGCUGAUUACUGAAAGAAAAAACCUAUAAUAAAACUAACUCCUUUGGUCUUUCUUAAGUUACCUUCAACAAUUCUGGAGACGGUUCUCCUUACGCACUUUCUGAACCUCACUUGGUUCCCAUACGACAGAGCUCUAGUUAAUGACUAAUAAGUAUUCACAAUUAUCAUUCCAUGAUUUAAGUUUGCGGUUCUACUAUGAGGUAAAUAACUUAAACUGGAAAAUAAUUUUUUGGUCCAUCGACAGCUAUGGAACAAGCCUGUGGAGGGGAUGAGACCCCAUCUUCUUCCGGUAAAAUAUCUUAUUAAUUGAAAUAAAAUUUCCCGCCUAUUAUUAUGUUUUUAUUAUUAUUUUUUUUAUUUCAAAAAUAUUAAAACAAGUCAUGUAGAACUGUUUUAUUCACAAGAGUAGAACUGUAAUCAUUACAACUGUAAAUUGUAACUUCGACUGCUGUUUAAAAUUGUUCCUGAGAAUCGCCAGAUGCUGAGCAAGAAAUGAUGUGGUGGGAGUUAAUGAAAGAAAGCACUGAGUCACAUCAACUGUUUUUUGAAAAAGUGUGAUUUCAAAUACACGUUAUCAUGCGCAUAAACUUACACAUGUGAAAUAAUGUGAGCUGUAUAACAUAAGCAUCAUGGCAUGGUUUACUCUACUUGUUCUUUUGAAACAGAUUAUGAGGAUGAUUUUGACAUCCGACCAGCCACUGAAAAGACUGUCGAAGGUAAAGAACUUUUAAACAAACUAUGUAAGUCUACCAAACAAUAAAUUAAGAAGAGCCUCGUACAACCCAAAGUGUUGGCUGGUUCCACAAAACUGGCUUGUGGUAUAUUUAUUUAUAUAUCCUUGUAUGUUAUACAAAAAAGAUUCUAUUUCGGUCUCUUGAAUGAAUUCAUAGAAGAAGCUAGGUGGUCACCAUCUCCUUUAAGGUCAAAAAAGUCUUUCCUCACUAACUGAAAAUAAUGACUCUUGCAAACUUAAAAAGACAGAGUGGGGGAAAUUGGACAAAAUUAGACGUAUUCAUGCCCUACACGCAAGUGCACCAAACACCACCUGCCUCAUGCCCGUUUAGGGUAGAAGACUCUUGCGCAAUGCCUAGUGAAUAUCUUUAAUAGCUAUUGAUACAAGAGUUGAAAAAUUUUCAACAAAUGUCAUUUGUUUUUAAUCAUCUUAUUACUUACUCAUAAUGCCAUAAUGUGCUUAGUUUCAAGUUUACAAGUAUUCGAUUACUAAUUUUUUCAAAAUGUGUUUCUCCAGGUCAGAAAGGAGAGAAAAAAAGCGAGCCUGAACAGCCAAUUGAAGAAGGUAAAUUUCAUACGGUUCAGUUUCUUUUGCUUUAAUUUUUUUAACCUUUACAGCUAAAUGAGCCAAUUUGGUGGCUUCGACCAUGGGCCGGGUUUAUUAUGAAGACCACUUAUUAUAUUUGAUAGGUAUUAUAUAUGCGUUAGCCUACACAGCAACACUGACAGUUACUAUAAUGCAUUCUAUACGUUUCCCUUAAAGUACUCAUAUCUCAUUAUAAUUAACAACCUUGCUAUCACACAGAAUCUAAGGAGCAGGUGGAGAGUGAAGAGAUUCCGAUGCCAAGUGACGAAGGUAAA